AUGCUAUAUUUAGCAAGCCUAGUGGGGAAUGCAUCUAUUGUGCUUGUUGCAAUAGUUGAACCAAAGCUGCACACUCCCAUGUACUUUUUUCUUGGAAACCUUUCCUGCCUUGACAUCUUCUUUACCACAACUACAGUUCCAAAGAUGCUAGCUGGAUUUCUGUUGCCAGUUCAAACUAUUUCCUUUGCUGGAUGCAUGGCCCAGCUCCACUUUUUCCAUUUCUUGGGCAGCAGUGAAGCCAUUCUUCUUGGAGUAAUGGCAUUUGAUCGCUAUGUAGCAAUAUGCAACCCUUUGCGUUACACCAUCAUAAUGCGCAAGCAGGUCUGCCAACUCUUGGCAGCAGCUACAUGGUCCACUGCCUUUUUUCAUGCCCUGAUGCAUAUGGUGGCAACUGCCCGUUUGCCCUUCUGUGGGCCCAAUCACAUUGAACACUUUUUUUGUGAAAUCAAGCCCUUGCUGAAACUGGCCUGUGGUAGUACCCACCUGAACCUCUUGCUUCUUAAUAUUGUAACCAGUUGCAUUGUCAUGGGACCUUUCAUUGCCACACUCCUUUCCUACUUCUACAUUAUCAAGCCUUCUCCACCUGUGGAUCCCAUCUGA